AUGAAGGUGCCAAUGAAUUUUGCGUCGAUUUCCUACGAUACCACUGCGUUGCAUCAACUGCGCGAGCGCAGGCGGACGCAACUGAAGAUUUCUCGAAUGGGUAUGAUGGGAAAGCUUGCAAGCAAUGUAAAGGUCACAGUGAAUAUGUUUUUCGAUAUCAGCGGGAUUCUGCCGAUCUUGUUGACACUCAGCGCCUUCUUUGUGGCGUGGCACGCCACUGGGGUUUUGGUGAACUGCACUAAUCCGCUUGUUGUGGUGCUCUCCGGCAGUAUGGAGCCGGCCUACCACCGUGGUGACUUACUGUUGCUGCAUAAGAUCACAAAGGUGUCCAUUAGCGAUGUCGUUGUCUUUAACCUUCCUGGUCGCACUGUGCCCAUAGUGCACCGCGUACACGGUGUGCACGAGGACGGUGGCACGCGGCUGUUUCUUACAAAGGGCGAUAACAAUGCUUUUGAUGACCGCACGCUUUACCCUGAUGGGUACCACUGGGUGCAGGAGGAGGACGCCGUGGGGAAAGUCUUUGUCAUCAUCCCAUACGCCGGUUUUUUGACCAUUUUGUCGGAGGACAAGCCCUGGGUGAAAUAUAUUGCUUUAACCGCCGCUGUCGUCUGGGGAUGGAUAUCAGGGGUGUGA